AAUUAUAGUUAUUUUACUUUGCAAUAAUGUCAAAACGUGACGAAGGAAGUGUGGAAAAUUCUGAGCGUAAUAGUUUAAUGAAUUACAACAGUCAAGCCUACGGGCAUGAUUUCGUUCAAGAAAAUGUUAAGAGAUAUAUUAAACAGUUCGAGCGGGGCAAAGAGAGGUCGGAGCGAGAGGCAAAACGCAAAGAGCGAAUUCGAAAUGUCACCGACAUUUCGAACAACUUCUAUACACUUGUCACCGACUUUUAUGAAUAUGGGUACGGGCGAUCAUUUCAUUUCGCACCGGUCCUAUCCGCGAGCUCUUCCUUGCAGGAGUGUGUUGUGGCCUAUGAAAGAGAAAUUGCAAGAACUAUAAAGGCUAAUCAAGGCAUGAAGCUACUGGUAGGUAAACUCUCUUUUUCAUUGCAUUUUCAUUUUGUCAUUGUACUUGUAUACGUUCGUCACCAGGAAAUGUUAAAUGAGGCUAUAUUUUGUCUAGACAUUUUGAAACUAGUGUCAAAAUAUUUUGUAACCUGAAUUAGUUAUAAGUUUCAUUUUUUUUUUGAAGCGGGGCCAAAACCGCAUACUUUGGACCCGAUUUCAAGAUGUCAAAAGUUCGCGGUGUUUGAUUGGUUGACAGUCAUCACACCACCUUCUAAUUAUGCCUCUACUUGUUUAUCAUAAGUAUGUUUUCACUGGUUAAUUUAUGUGCCCUGACCACAGGCAGCCCAAGCUCAAAAUAUCAGCAUCGGCAUUAUAGCGAAACAUUCCGGAAAUUUCAAGAUUGGUAUGGGUGGGAGGGGACCUAUCGUUUCUGUAACCAACGACUAUAAAAGAAUUUCAUUAAAAACGGCUAGCCUUACGUAAACUGUGUGUUACGUCUUUCCUCUGUGCUCCGCGAGCCAAUUUAUGGCCAUUUUUUUUUAGUGUAAUCGAAUAACUGGUGUGAACCGAUAUACUCUCCCGGGAUAUAUCCUUUCCCAUGAGAUCAUUGUGAAAUGGGAAUGAAUAGGCUCGCGGACCUCAAAGGAAAGAGGUAACACACAUUUAAAGUAAGGUAAGCCGUUUUAAAUUGAAAUUCUUUUACUUGAUAUUCUUAGGGUACAGGAACCUUAGUCCCCCCCGCUCCCCAUAGGCAUACAAAUCCUUAUAAUUGGAACGUUACGCAACAAUUCCGAUGCUCAUAUUUCGAGCUUGGGAGACCUGUGCCCUUACUCGACCUUUAGAAUUAUGAAGUCAACCGAAUCAUACCAAUAACCAGUGACAACCUGAUGAUGAAGGAUUUAAAGCAACGGCUGAAAAAGGACAAAACAAACAUUUAAUCCAAAAUUUAUCGUAGGGCUCAGCUUUUUGCUCUUUGAUGGUAGAGGACGUAGAGGUAUUAGAAAAUGUGUUUAGAUGAACAGUUUCCUUUUCCGUUACACUGAUUUCAUUAGGUUUCGCGAUUAGAAACUUAACCCCAGAUCUGUGCAUAAGUUCGAAGCACCAUAUUUGUGCCCCUCGAAAGGCCACACACGUGGUGUCCCUUUUCUGGGCUCUUAUCGAUUGUGCUAGUAAAAGAAGUAUAUGCCAUUAGCAUUGCCUAAUUUUUUCCGAAUUAUAUAUGCUCUUUUUGGAAAAUUUUAUGCUAAUUUUUCUUCAAAUUAUGCGAUCAUGCAUUGAAUGGUACUAUUUUCACGUCAGAUGACCCAUGGUCUUGUAAAUGCCUUUGGUAAGCUUUGAUCAGACCAAUUUCAACGGGGUUUGGUCUUUCAGCAAGUUGUUCGGCGCCAUCUGACCCAUCUCGUUGCGUGCGAAGCCGGAAGCUAGGACAGACGCAACCUUUCUGACUUCCGGUGUGCCCAGCUCUCUCGACCAUGAACAGCACCGUGUCCUCCCUCUCUUGACGAAAACAUUAGACUGAAAAAUGGACGCACUUGAAAAAAAAUCUAUCUGGACCAAGCAAGAAUGAGUCUGCUGCUGGUCCGUUCAAUGAUUAAACUGAGCUAAAUGAAAAAAAUACGUGCUUAUGAUAGUAUUGCUACUUUUUUAAAGAGCAAAAAUUAUGCUCGUUUUUCCGGCCACAAAUUAUGUAUGCACAGUCGAUAAGGGCCUACCGCUCACUACCCUCUACGAUUACACGCUUUGAAGCCGACCUAUGCAGCGGGAAAUCGCACAGAACGGGGACUUGAGGCCAAGUUGUCUAUUCAUCGAUAUUCUGUAAUAUAUCAAAUUUAAUUUUCAGUUAGAAAUUCAGUGGUUUUGAUUUCAGUUUACGAUAGCGUGACAUUUAUUCAAGUUCGCAUCGCGUGAUACAUAAUUCGCUCUAGCUAGUGCUUGUCACGUGAAGAAAAAACGAAACGAAAUAGAUAAACAGGUUAUUAUUUCACAUAGAGGAGGGAUUGGAGGAGUGUAGUUGAGUUGAGGUAUGAGCUAAAAAUCACAGCUAUUUUACUCUCCAAGGGCCUCAAGGAGAAUGCUUGUUUGCAGGCUUACUGUGUAUCUAUUUAAUAUGUACACAGUUUUUGCGAUUUUAAAAUAAAAUGCACGACCUUGAAAUUUGCAGAUGAGUAUUGACCGUCACAUAUACACUUGAUUAAACUUUAAAGUGCAGGAUUAAUGGUUCAAAAUAUUCACUGCAGUGAUCGAGGUGAUCCGCGUGGCCGAUUUUGGCGCCUUUUUCCCGAUCUUCGCUUGCAGGUGUCCGACACGUGUGAGUGCAAUUUAGGUGUAAAGACCUGUCGAGUCGCUUACGGCAAAAGGCAAACGGCAAAGGUCAGAUUCUCGCUGAGAAAUUCUCAAAAUAGAAAAUGAUCAGAUAAAAAAAGCUUAAAACAGUUCUUAUAGAUAAAACUGGCGUGAAUCUACUGAUGUUCGCGUAGUGAUAAUGACAGUAAACGACAACUUAGGGGAAAAUCUGGUCACGUGGUACAGAUUCACGUUUGACGUUUGUCAUAAACGUGACUCCAAACUCUAUUUUAAGGAGGCGCGAGGAAUCGCGUGUGAACGGCACGCGAACGGAGACGCGAAAGUGAGAGGCGCGUUCUCUUGCGAAUCUCUUCACUCUCCAGAAAUGGAGAGCUUGCUCGCAGGCUAUGGUAAUAAUAGACCUUUUUACCGAUACGACGGCCAUUUUGAAUUAAUUGGAUUUAAGGAACGUUAUGGGAUGCCCAGGGGGCAUGAGCCGAUCCGAUAUACUUGCAUCAGUCUUUACGCGCGCUAUUCGGGUCAAUUCUUCUUAAAGUUUUCCUAAACUGAAAGAUUGUAAUGGGAGAAAAAAAGAUCGUUGUGCCGUGGUUGAAUGUAAUAAUGAGCGCCUUCUUCCCUAGAAGUAUACAUUGCAUUGAAGUUCUCUUUUUGCCCGAAAGCGUACAUAAAUACUGACCGAGUGCCCCCUGGGCAUCCCAUAAUACUCCUUAAAUCUAAUAAAUUAAAUAUGGCCGCCGUAUCGGUAAAAAGGUCUAUUAACCAUGACAUGCGCAUUUUUUGUUAUAGGAUGCCCAUUGUGGUGUCGGGGGACUUAUGAUAAAUAUUGCCAAAUUCACUGGAAAGUAAAUGCUGAGCGAGUGCCCCCCCUGGGCCCCCAUAUAAAUUCAAUAUGGCCGCCGUAUCGGUAAAAAGGUCUAUUAACUAUGACAUUCGCAUUUGUUAUAGGACACCGGUUGUGGUGUAGGGGGACCUAUGAUAAAUAUUGCCAAAUUCACUGGAGCGUAAAUACCCAGCUAGUGCCUCCUGGGCACCCCAUAAUACUCCUUAAAUCUAAUAAAUUCAAUAUGGCCGCCGUAUCGGUAAGAUGGUCUAUUUUAAAACCAUGACAUGCGCAUUUUGUUUUAGGAUGCCGGUUGUGGUGUAGGGGGACCUAUGAUAAAUAUUGCCAAGUUCACUGGAGCUCAUGUAGUGGGCCUUAAUCUCUGUGAAUAUCAACUCAAGCGAGUGAAGUUUCACAUCGAAAACAACAACAUGCAAGAAUGCUGCAUUGGUGUUAAGGUCAGUUUUAAUUACUCAACAACUUAGUAACCUCUGCUUGUGUGAACGUCAGCAACUGUUUUUGAAACUAGAGAGAAACAUGGAUGAAGUGUGUUUGGAUUGGGUGUGUCGGCAGAAACAAAUAUUGGCUGUUAAUUUCGUCAGGGUUAAGCCCUUUGGUUGUCAACGCAGCUGAUAUGAAAUGAUACUUGUAGCCUAGAAUUAGCUAAAAACUCAGGAAAAGGUAUUAAAAACAUAUACCUUGACACUAAUGUCAUUCAUUAUUCUUCUGCCUUAUGAGUCUGAAAAAGCACCCAGUUAUUAACCAAAAAAGGCCGAGAAAUGUUAUUUUAACCACUGGUUUGUAAAAUACUACGGUCGACAAGGUCUUUCUGAUCAGUAAGACCAACUACAAGAAAAUACGCAUUUGUAAUAAAAAAAAUGGCUUUGCUCUGCUCAGUUGAGUAGUCUGACUGGCUUUUAUCAUUUAACUUCUGCAGUAAAAAGGUCAGAAAAAAAAAUGAACACUGUAAAAUUAACUCGAACAAAGAUUUCCACUUCUAGACAGACAUAUUCGGCAACUUAAUUGUUUUUUUUUUCCUUUCUUUGUUUUCAGGGAGAUUAUCAUCACAUGGAGUUUGGCGACAAUACUUUUGAUGGAGGGUAUGCGUUAGAGUCCACUCUCUACGCAACAGACCCGGAAAUUGUUUACCGAGAAAUACGACGUGUGCUAAAACCUGGUGCUAUCUUCGUUGAUUCUGCCUGGGCUAUGACAGAGGCAUUUGACCCAAAGAAUGCAGAGCAUGUGAAGAUCAAGGAAGGCAUCGAGGUAAUUCAGUAAGAGAGGUAGUGAAUGACCAAUUUUCUGGGUACAACAGAGUACUAAAGUGAUGACGUCGUAAAAAUGAAAUUUCUGAAAUUAUGGGAUUUGUCAGGAUGUUCUGAAAGAACAAUGUCCAAGGGGCCUACUUACCAAAAAUGAGCAUUUCGGGGCAAAUUGUCUCUGAGAUGUUAGCCGGUUAUACUCAGAAAACUCCACACAAACCCUUCUAACUUCUUGAAUCGACCCAAAAAAAUUUAGAAGGGUUUGUAUGGAGUUUUCUAAGCAUAAUUGGACAACGAUCUGAUGUUAAAUAUCAGUUAUCAGUUAUCAAUUGACUAAAUCGCAUUCCCGUGUUAAAUUUCAUUAGAUUGGUAAUGGCAUCCCCGAUCUGCGAACUCAACUUGUCCUUUUGGAAGCAAUACGGAAGUCGGGAUUGGAGAUCGUAGAGUAUAAGAAUGCGCAUUGUGAUGGUGAGCUUCCAUGGUAAGUAACUUAUAGAAAAUAGUGCGAGGUUAAAGACAUCCAGUAAUACUGAGUCUCAUCCAGUAAUACUGAGCCUCAUUGUUCAUUGGCAUUGGGAGAGGAAAGGGCGGAUGAUGGAUAAGUUCGAUAACGUAGGGAGAAAACCACCCAACAAUGGCUAAAGCGAGGAAGCUAAGAAAAUGGGGCGGCGGCAGGAGCAAACUAAAACUAAAACCUCGCAAAGACGUCGACUAGCUCAGUUAGUGGAGCGCUUGAAUGCAUAGAGCAGGAGGUUGGGGGUUAGAUUCGAUCCUCUGUCUUAGAGUAAUUGGUCGGACCAAUGCUAAAGGUAUUAGCACACCAGGGAAAUGAAAGCACUGAUGACCACGAAGAAACUAGCAUCUUCAAAUGGUACACCGUAGUUUCUUGCUCAAUACAAUGACGGUUGAAUAUAAGUGAUUUCAGUGCUUUGCUGCAUCUUUCCUGGGAAUUCUCAAUUUUCUUCUCUUUAAGGUACACAUUUCUUGUCGGAAAACACGCUUUCUCUCUGGACGCCUUCAGAGUAUCCUCGGUUGGUCGAAAGCUUACCCACUUCAUGCUAUCAGCCAUGGAAAUGCUGCGCAUUGUACCUCAAGGUUCCACUGAUGUUCAUAACGUGUUGCUGACUGCUGCGGAUGCUCUCAUCCAAGGGGGGAGGAAAGACAUCUUUACGCCGAUGUUUAGAUUGGUCCUUAGGAAGCCAUUGUAGUGCGGAGAGAAAGCAUGGAAAAAUGCUCUUUGUGGCACAUUAAGCAAUAAAUUUCAAUUAAUUUGGAAGUCUGAUAUCGUCAAAAAUGUAGUUUAGUACGCUUUGAUAUAUUCAAGUGGGCGGAGUACGUCUGUUGAACUUUCACAAAACCGGACCAGCCGAGAGCUCCGUCACUCAAUUUUAUAGCAAAACAAUUUUUUUCCUUUGAGCAAUUAUAUGUACGAAUUCAUUAAAGUUGGAGCCAAAAAUACAUCUUCUUUUUCUACAAAGUCCC